GCGGAAGAGAUGGUGGGGCUGAAGAUACUCUCAACGUCGACCAAGCGCUGGCUAGGCCUCUCUUACCUCGGCGCUUCGAUGGGUACGAGUAUCUGGUUCCUCGAUAUUGUCGGUCCGGGUCUCGCCAACGACCUCUUCUGGCCAGGUUUUGACCCCACGUCGGCGCAGACGUACCUCAUCGACGUCUUCAACCGCCACCUCAGCGUCUCCAGCGCCUCGGAGAUUGACCUCUUUGACCCCAGCGAGGCUAUUCUCAAGACGUACAGCCUUCCGUCGACAACGGCGUUCGCGAAACCCACGUACCCUCGUGCUCGUGCGUUGGUCGAGUACACGUCGGUGGCCGAUGCGAUCAUUGGCUUUCAGUCGCUCGAUCCAGACUACGUCUUCAACUUGUUUACGUUGUACUGCUGGGCCGACUUUGAAAAGCGCUGGGAGGUCGCUCAUACGGCGGCGCGUCAAGCCCGGUGUGCUGCUACGAUGGCUGACAAUGGGGCGGUGUACCUUGAGGCGUUCCUUCGCAAUGUUCACUGGGACGCGUGGUACCCGAUCUACGGUGCCAGUGUCGACUCUGCGGUCGCCGACGCGAUUACAAUCACAUCAGAAGGCCGUGACUGGUACAAGAGUCUCCAGAACGCGUACCAGACUCUGGAGAGCGAAGAGGCGUACUGGAAAUCGCACCAGAUUUCGCAUUUCCAGCUGCAGUGGAACAACUACGCGCAGCUCAGCGUGCAAGAGUCCAUCUCGGUAGUCAACGCCUUGGGCUGGCAACAAGAUCUGACGAUUCAGUUGAUCUCAUUCGGCAAACGAGGCUCCAAGUGGACGACAUUUGUGCUCAACUGGGCAUUUUUCGACGACCUCUGGGGCUCGGCCGUCACCAACGGAAGCCUCGUGCGCAGUGCCAGCAACUUUAUGGGCGAUGGACUCAUGGAGAUGCUCCUCAACCUCUACCCGUUCACGCCCGCGAGCGUCAUUAUCCACAACACGCUCGGGCCCUUUCUCAACGUUGAUUUGAUGGUGGUGGCGCCACCUGCGCAGCUCGUCAAUGCGUACGUGGCCAUGGAAGCCGCGCUGGUCGAAGCACUUCAAACCGACCGACCGCUCUUAAACCUCUACGCGGCGUUGCCAGCGCCACUGCUGGAUCCCGUGCCGCUCUCAUGGCAGAGAUCCAGCUACACCUUCUUUGGCGGCAGUCCGCUCUGCCCGUUUGGCUCGGGCUUGACAUUUGUGCAGCCGUCCUUUACCUUUGACGAUACGUGCGGCAGUCAAGUACCAAGCCGCCUCCUCGUGGAGCCUUUGCCGGCGGUGUUUGCAGCUACAGCUAUGAGACUGCUGCAUCAAUCCGAUCUUAGCAGCUGCUCGCCUUGCAGCGCUGCGACCUCUGAAGUGUGCAACUCACUCGCGACCCAAACCUCGGUCAUCGCCAAUAAGCUGCUGACAAACGCUACACUCUCUGGCCUACUGACGCCAACAGUCCAAGCUGCUGCCGAUGCCAUCCAGCGUCUCAACGUAGAGAUCAUCCAGUUUGCACGGACCCCGGGGGGAACUGAAACUGUCUUGCGCCAGCCGCUGCUGGGUGAUGACACGUGGUCGUUCAUGGGCUACGUGGCGCUGCACGAGUGGGUCAAUGGCUACCGAGAGGUCGUCUCGUUCCAAGGCGACGUCGCCACGUUCAACUUGAUGUCGGAGCGCAUCGAGCCGAUUCCAUUUCGCGCCAAAACGAUCGAAGUACCCAAAAGCACUUGCAACUACCUCUACGUGGUCGCCAUUACAACGUCGGUGGCGCUCGUGGGUGUUGCCUGCAUCACGGCAGCGUACGCUCUGCUUCAGCCGUCGCGCGACGUCGACGGACUCCACCUCUUGAUGUACAACCGUGUCAUGGGACCUGUCUGGGUCGGUCGACCAUUGUUGCUGCUUCGCGCGGCGGCCGCGAUUACCAUGCUCAGCACGACACCUCUGGUCUUUCUCAAUGAAGACAAUAUUGCUCGCUUUCAGUUUGCACCUCGUCCGCUAGCGCACAUUGGGAUUCUCGCAGGCGAAGCCACGUGGGUAACCUACGUCCUCAACGACAUUUUGCUGGUCGUUGCUCGCAGACACUCGCGGUGGGCAGCACCGCUCAGCGCCUGGCUGGUGUGGCUCAGCCUUGGUCUACUUGAGAUUGCUGAUCCCAUUCGAGCCACCGCAGCGAUUCGUCGAGAGUGUACGCGAGUCAACAUGGAUGCUGUUUUGACGUGUCACAGCGGCGUCGUCAACCUCGGGUCUCUUGGCCGCGCGUGGCUCAUUCUGGGCGUGAAUGCCAUUGCUAUCGGGCUCUCGUACGGCGCUGUUUGGGCCUAUAGGUCGCUGCAGCGAGCAGCGCUCGUGAAGUCGAGUGGGCACCCAACGCUCACGCACUUGGUUUCCGCGGGUGCCGAAGCCUUCUUGGCGCCAAAGGAAGCCGACAUGUGGAGCUUGGACGCAUCGACAGCGGCCAUGAGUGGCUUUCUCCGCUUCCGCUUCCAGUCGCUCCGGCUCAUUUUCGACACCAAGCUGUGGCUCUUCUUCUACGUCGAUUCGGGUCCAGUUUUGAUCAAGACCCUUGUUGGCCCGAACUCAUCGAUGCCAAGCAUCCCUAGCACAGUCGCGGUGUCGAGCUCGGCAUUUUCAAAACUCAAAGUUUGGAGUGGGCUCAUCUACCUCGCGGCGACAGCGGUGGGUAGUAUUUCGUACCUUCGGCUCUCGACUGUGAAUUUGGCCAACGAUCUGUGGUGGGCCACGUACAACACCACGGGGACGCAGACCUUUCUCUCCAACUGGUUCAACCGAUAUCUCCACUUCAACGCUUCUCAGCCGUCGACGCGUCUUGAUCUCCCCGUCUUUGCCGACAUGACAGACUAUUCAAGUGCAAAUUCGCUCGUGACGUAUGCUCCGACCUACGCGAGGCUCGUGCAAUACGAGUCAGGAAGCAACCUUGUCAUGAUGAUCCAAGGUCUUCGCACCAUGGACGCCUGCAACGCGCCGUGGAUCGCUACCAGCUACUGCUGGCUCGACUUUGAUCGGCAAAUCGAGAUGGCCAACACACUCGCUCGCCAAGCGCGAUGCAACGCCAAGUACCAUAGUAAUGGCGCUGUCUACUUGGAGUCGAUUCUCAGAAACGUCGACUGGCCCACGUUUGAGUCGUGCUGGGGCACCUCGUUUGAGAUUGGGGUCGCAAAAGACAUUGGCUCUCUCAAGCCCAACGGCGCUGCCUGGCUAAAGACUCUGACCAGCGGCUCCAGCCUCUCUGUGGUCGAUGAAGCCAAAGUGUGGCAGUCAAAAGGUCUCACGACGUAUACGACGCAAUGGCAAAACUACAAGGCACUCGGCCUCCACGACGUUUUCUCAAUUGAGAACGCUUUUGGUCUGAGAUACGACAUGACACUCCAGUCCAAGAACGGCUCGUAUCACUCGUCCAUGUCGACGUCGUGGAAGACAUAUUGGACGUUUGCGAGUGAUCUCUGGGCGAUCGCAACCAAUGGUUCUGGGAUCGCUGGCAAGUCGCUCUUGCGGCCAAGUCCCGACUUUGCUUUUGCCAAUACAUCUCUCGAGGAGCUGUUGACCAGGAACGCGACGCUGCCGUCGCCACUGGGUGAAGUGCUGGGUGCUUUUCACGACGCUGUCGGUCCAUUUGGCGCGGUCGAUGUCUUCCACGUGGCAUCCCCUCCAUCGCUCGCGACGCUGCAACGCGCCGUCCGCGAAGAUGUCAUGCAUCUCCUCACCAACGCGACCAAUCAAAUCCAGUCCGACUUUGGAAACCUCAUCAUGAUGAGCUCAAUGAGUCCUGUCCCAAAACGACUGGAUCAAACCGCGUACCUCUGUGCCGGUGGCAGUCUCUUUUGCGGCGAACUGCCCACGGACUUCAACUUUUCCAUUGGCCUCUCGCAGUUCACGGGCGUCGAUACGGUCUGCUACACGAGCUUCAACGAGUGGAUCUUUGUCAACCCGAUGCAAGCCAUCUUUAGCGUCAUUGGCGCUGGGAUCGCACUCGACCCGACGCUGAUUCCGGUGGCGUGUGCGGCGGAGGUCAUUGCGCC